GUACACUUGGCAAUCCACCAAUAUAAGAAAGGACAUGAUCUCCCUCUUUUCCCAGGCCGAGUUUCCGUCUUCGAUCUUCAGCCUACCUAAUAAUUAAAUUAAAGUAAUUAAAAAUUAUGGGGUCGACGGAUGAUCAGAAGAACCAGCUCAGGAGCCGAGCCGAGUGGAAAGACGAGGAGGCUGACAGCUUGUAUGCGAUGCAGCUGGCCAGCGCCUCAGUGCUUCCCAUGGUGCUGAAAGCAGCGGUGGAGCUGGACCUGCUGGAGCUCAUGGCUCAAGCCGGACCGGGAGCAGCCGUGUCCCCUUCUGAGCUGGCGGCUCAGCUCCCCACCACUAACCCGGACGCAGCCGUCAUGCUGGACCGGAUUCUCCGCCUCCUCUGCACCUACUCUGUCUUGAACUGCUCUCUCCGCACCCUCGCCGACGGCCGGGUGGAGCGGCUCAUAAAUAAAUAAAGAUAAGAUAUUUGUAAUUUUUUAAAUGGUACAAUACAUUAUCUUGUCAUUUAUUAAUAUUUAAAUAAAUUGUUCAAUUAUUAUACGGAGUACUACCUACUAUUUUAAUUAGGUGACAACUCCGGUACAUUUCUAAAAUAUGGGAUAUCGUACCUAUCAUUCAUUUGAUUGGACCACAUCACUUUAUCUUUUUUAAUUUAGAUUUUAAUAAUUCAACUGCUACA